UUCUAAACAUGCCUUUUUCUUUUUUUGGGGGGGGUGGUUAGCCUGGGUUUAUUUUAGUAAAACAGGAUAAAGUAGUAGGGAGAAAUAAAAAAGGGAGGAGAAACAUCUCCUGCUUCACAUGCAGGAGAUGGAGUGUUUAGGAGAUCCCUCUAAACAUGCCUUUCUAAACAUUGAAGUUAUUAAAACAGCACAAGGCAAAGCAGAAAUUCCCUUGUCACCUAAAUUUAUUUAACUUCAGCAAAAUUUUACUGAACAUCUAUUAUGACAAAAACUAUACAAGAAAGAUACAAAGCUAAAUAAGACAUAGUAAGAGUAAAAAAGGCCUUAUUCCUCAAGGUGCUCCUAAUCUAAUGGAAAAGACAGAUGAAUAUGCCAGUAGUAAGGGGUAUAAUGAGCUGGGACUAUGGCUUAGUGGUAGAGCCCUUGCCUAGCACACACAAAGUCCUGAGUUCGAUCGUCACCAUAGAAAAGGAGAGGGUAUAAUGAGAACAAAAGAAGAAUGGUAGGCAGCAGGGGAAAACUCUCAGAAGAACCGACGUUUGAACUAAACAUGGACUUCUAGUCUAAAAGAACAAUAUUUACAAAAGCAUGGAGGCAAAAGAAAGCAUGUUCUGAUCUAGAAACUGCAGUUAGUUUUGAAUUAAUGGAUAAAAGGAUGGAUGUGGAGGGCUGAGGCGUAGUUCAGUGGUAGCUCCAUGAGGUCCUGGGUUCAAUCCCCAGACUGAAAAACAACGAAGAGGAGGAUGUUUGUGGAGGUGUAGCAAGAUGAAGGUGUAGAGCUGGGUGCCAGAUUUUGAGGUAUUUUUUGUCUUACUAAAGAGUCUGGUCUUUAGCAAAGAAAAAACACUAAAGAGUUUUAAGCUGGAAAAUGGAGUUUUCAAUGUUUUGUUUUAGAAAUAAACCCUUUAGCAACAGAGUAGAGAAUGCAUUCGUUUGAGAUGAGAAAGAAGAAAAGAAAGAGGAAAAAUUCAAGAGCAUCAGUAAUCAUAAGAGCUCGAAUGAAGCUAAUAAAUGUAGAAAUAGAGACAAGCAGAUAGAUGUGGGUAGAUAAGAGAAAUGUUAGGGUAGAAUAAAAAUGACUUGAUGAUGUAUAGAAACAAUGGGAGUUAGGGUGAGAGGCUCAGGCAGUAACAGAAAUGGGUUUCGUUUGGGGCAUGUUGAAUUCUGCAUACCUGGGAGGAUGUCCAGUGAAUAGUUGUCUGUGUUAUCCAAGAAAUCUAUACAGUGGAGCCAGCUGGAGAGGUUGACUUGCCAUGUGUGAAUGCUACAAAUGGUUGUCCACCUGAACUGUUCCAGUUUUCUUUAUAUUUCUAAUAAUUAGCAUGUAUUAGGUACUCAGUAAAUAUUUGUUGAGUUGAAAUUACUGUGGCUACAGCUUUUUAACUCUUGAUUUCUUCUUUGGGGGAAAAAGACGAAUAAUUUUACUUAGCAAUAGGCAACUUGAAUUGAGUGGUGCUGGUCUCUGUCAUGUUUAAUUCACAAGUAGCUUCUUGAUGACAGACUGUCACUUAUCAUUUUAGCAAACUGGCACAAAAUUGGCUCUUCAUUGGCUGUUUUAGGUAUUUUCCUCAUUACUAGUCAGCCUUCUCAGUUGUUGCAAAAUUAUUUAGAGAUGCCUUGACGUUUCUCUCCAUGCGAAUGGAUUUAGUGUGCUGUUUACAGCUAACAUACAGCAAUUUGAGAAAGCAUAUUUGUUUAUUACCAGCUGACCUAUUUUUGCACAACUCUAUAGCAGCUUGUCUGACUCAAGAAAAAAUUAUGAAAGAAGUUCCCUAGAAGUACAGCAUGCAAAUAACUUAGAAAAAAGUUCUGUGUCCCAGAGAUCCUAGCAUAUAGUAAGUGCCCUGCUAAUUGUGUGGUUGAAUUAGUGAAUUGGUAUGGUACUUUGGAAUUGCAUGUGAUUGUAUUUGAUCCUAAAAGCCAAGCCUGGUAGUGUUCUCAUUUUAGAGAUAAGGAAAUUCAUACACCGUUGGCAGGAAUGGUUCAAGAUGCUCAUGGGGGAUAUGUUGGAAGAUGGCUUAGGAGUUAUGUUGGCCCGAAGUUUCUGGGUACAAGGCAUCUGUUCCUUUCUUAAUAGAGCAUUGGUUUAUAUUCAUUACAACAUAAGCCGGUUUACAAGGUAAAAGAACCAUAAUGAUUUUUAACAUAGUACAUUUAACAUGAUUUGUUCACCAAAAUGUACAGGCUGACCCAAGCUAUGUUAUUUAAAACUCCAGGAACACCUUCUUAAAAAAGUCCUUUCCUGCUAUUAAGUUCCUAUACAGAAUGUAAUAUGUACAAAAUUGAUUUUUCCUGUGGUGAGAGACAUUUAGCUCAGGAGGGAACUCUGUGUUUCCAAGAUUUAUCUCUUUCAGAGUUAGAGGUGUUGUGUCAUUCAUAUGUAAAGAAACAUUUCAGUUGUUGGUCAUUUUUAUUGUUAACAAAGACCCAUUUUCCAUGUUUAAUAGCAUGUUUGAUACCAUGACCACGAUUGGAGUAAGUCUGUACUUUGGAUGUAUUCUGCUUCUAUCUCCCUGCUAGCCAAAGGUUAAUCUGACUUCUCUGUUAGGAGCCAUGUGGUGAUUACAUGUGGUUUGCAGAUAUGAAAUAUUUUUCAGCCUAAUCAGGAUCAAGAAUGUGUUUUGAUUAACUCAUGAAUUACCCUGUAUCCUGUGCAUAAUAAUGAGUCAGAGGUGUAAGAAUGACAAAACAAUUCUUUUCAGUAUGAAAAGUAGACCAUAGGAAUACAAAGUGCUAGAUAUUGUGUGAGACAAAUUGAAAUUAUUUCCCAGAUUAACAUUGUCAUAGAAACAUGACCAAAAUGAAGUUGGGACUACUUAAGCUGCUGAUGUGUGUAAUAAAUUGUAGUUCUUCUUUUUGACCACUUUUGAGGCUAAAAUACUUGGUUUUAUUAGUAUUAAUAUUUUGAGGCUUCUUAAAAGUCAUCAUUGAUUCUCAUAGUUCACUAUAAUUAUCCCCACUUAUUCCUAAUCUUCUUGCUUUUGUAUGUGUUCAUUUAUUUGUAGAGUAUAAAUGACAUUCGCACAGACGAAGUGGCUGUCGUGACAAAAGGGCCAUCUGCUUACCCUGCCUCUGAAUGGGCAGGUCCCAAGCAGUCAGUAGAUCCUAGUAAGAGCCAGAUGACCAACCCACUGGAGUCUCCACAGAGCUCUGGCUUUGGCUCCCUCUCCAUAAGCAGCAAGGAGACAGAAGAGAAGGAGCAGGGGGCAGCUGGCUAUCUUGAGAUUAAGGAGAUGCCCAGAGGCCCAAGUGGGGAAUGUAUAGGAGUGGAGGAACAGGCCAAUACCUUAAAGUUCUCGGUUACACCAGCCUCCUGUCAGCUGCAAGUUGGUGAAAAAAAGGCAGACAGUAGUGAAGAACAUGUUACGCCAGGAGAGACCCUUGGAAAACAAAAUGGAUCAUUUCUUGAUUCUCGUGUGGGUAACCAGUUCCCCACCCUCAUUCGAAGUUUCCAGCCUCCCCUGGUCAAAACUCAGACUGUCACCAUCUCAGAUACAGCCAAUGCUGUGAAAAGUGAAAUCCCAACCAAAGAUGUCCCUAUUGUCCACACUGAGACCAAGACCAUCACUUACGAAGCUGCCCAGACUGAUGACAGCAAUGGGGACUUGGACCCAGGAGUCUUACUGACAGCUCAGACCAUCACCUCUGAGACCACAAGCAGCACCACCACAACGCAGAUUACCAAGACUGUAAAAGGUGGGAUUUCAGAGACCCGAAUUGAAAAGAGAAUUGUGAUCACAGGAGAUGCUGAUAUUGACCAUGAUCAGGUCCUCGUACAAGCCAUCAAGGAGGCAAAGGAACAGCACCCAGACAUGUCAGUGACCAAGGUGGUUGUCCAUCAGGAGACUGAAAUCUCUGAGGAAUGAGCUCAGGAACUGUCCUCCCCCAGCCCCUGCCCUCCUCCCAUCCAAGAGAAACCAGCAAAAUAACGAAGCCAACAUGCAAUAGUCAGACUUCAGAAGUUCAAGAUUAUUCUAAACCACCAUUUCAUUUUCUAUUAGGAAUUUAUACCAAGAGAUUCUUCUAGUUCUCACUGAUCCUUUUGAAAACGUUUUUCUAUAUUGUGAUACCAGAGUUGUUCAACUUUUCACUCUAUGAACUGUUUUUAGAAAGGUGUUGGCUUUUUAUGGGGUGGUUUGUAACCCCUUCAACCUAGCCUGUCCUCACUCAUUUCCAACCCAGAUAUAGACAGGGUCCACAGACUUCUCUGGGAAAUCCUCCAGAGACUCUGUCAGCUGUGUUGGAGGCCAAAGCCAGUUCAAUCGGACUUUCCUGAUCCUCCCCUAGUUUUAUGCCCUUUGGACGACAGCAAAAACUUCAAGAACUAGCUCACUCUCAGAGCCAACAUGAUGUCAUCAGAAUGUCAGGCAGGGCGACUGUCCUGAUCCACAGACCCCAGAAAAUGUCUUGUCCCUUUGUUAGGGUGUUUCUGGUGAGGCAGAGACCUCUACUGAGAAUGUGGUAUUGUUUUUCCUCUCCCCUCCUGUUCUGUUUUGGAGAUUCUUUAGGUAAGAGGCGUAAGAAGUUACUUCAGACAAUCCGAUACUGUGAAUGUUUGAACAUAUCUGUGGCCUUCACCUCCCUGGCUGCCCUUGUACCUCAUCUGAAGCAGUGGCUCUGACAAGAACUCCUCAAGCUCCCAUCUCAGGAGAUCAAAACUCACGGAAAAAUAGGCACUUUUGGCCAAAAGCUCCAAUAGAGCAUUUUUAGUGGUGAUCUGGGGAAGGAAAGUUAAUGAGGUUUUUAAAACAAGGCCUUCCAGUUCUGGGAGUGUGUACUCACACGGGAUCAGUAGAGUUUACCUCAGUAGGAUUCUGCUAAGGAGUCCUUCCACAUCCAGGGAUAUGCCUGUCUACAGGCACCUGCCUGAGGAUACCCUUCUGGAGCAAGGGUAUUGGCUUUCAGUGGCCAUUCCUCCCAUAGUACACCACAUGACAGGGCUACAAAGCCCCAGUUCUGCCCAUU